AUGGUCAACGAAGCACCAGGAGCUAUCAAUUUUACCAUGUUCCUGACGUUGUUUGGAGAAAAACUCACAGUCUUCCUCCAGGAACUGAUCCUGAGGAAGUCAUACGAAACGCUUUUCAAUGCUUCGAUGAAGACAAUUCGGGAAAAAUUAACGGAAGAUCGUCUCCGUGAGCUUCUGACCACAAUGGGUGAUCGAUACACGCAUGAGCAGGUGGACGAGUUGUUCCGUGACGCUCCAAUCAAAAAUGGUUAUUUUGACUACGUUGAGUUCACCCGUAUGCUCAAGCAUGGAACCAAGGACAAGGACGAGCAAUAA